AUGGGCAUUAUUUUUUCACAUUUGAUGAUGGAACUGAAGAAGAGAGACUUUGGAACAAAGGAUCCAGAACCAGUAAUCCCCGAAGACUCGGAGCAAGAAGAGACAACCUCACAAUCAGACUCCGACUCAUUACUAGACCAAACACCAAUCAACACCCAAAACGAACCACUUGCCGAAAUGUCGGGACAAGCUUCAACUUCUACGGAUCCCCCUUCCGUGACAGUACAACCCGGGAGAGGAAAGGUCAAACUCCCAGACAAUUACAUAGGCAACCGCAUUGAAUCCCAGAAAUUCAUGCUCCAAUGCCUCCUUCUUUUCGCAGCAGAAUCCGAUCAGUACAAGACCAAUCAAGACAAGAUAUCCCUUGUGAUCUCAUGCAUAAGAUAUGGCACGGUAGGAGCCUGGGCAGAGAACUUCCUCCUCAAAUUGGUGGGAGUGGACCCUCCCACUGAUCUAGGUACCUGGAGGGACUUUUUAACAAAGUUCAAACUCCAAUUCAGGGAGACAGGCAAGACCGAUAAAGCACGAAGUGCACUCAUGGCCUUCUCCCAAGGACAAAUGAUGGUUAAUGAAUACUCCAAUCAAUUCAUCCUUAUUGCUGCCGAUGCCAACAUCUCCAACAAGGAGCAAGUCCCUUACUUCCAAUGUGGGUUAGACCCGUGUGUCAUGGACAAAAUAUAUGACAAGGAAGUUCAACCGAAUGACACUAUUGAGGAUUGGAUUAAUACAGCCUGCAAAAUAGAUGGACAGCUUAGAGCCAGAACUGCUCAAAAGGCCAUCCUCGCUAACUCCACCUCCUUCCGUAGCGAUUACCUAAACCGCUUUCAUACCCAACCCGCUGUUUGCUACAACUCCACAAACGCCCCUCGCAAAAUGGACAACCAGGUGGUCGACAUGGACAUCGACGCUACCAGGAAGCGUAACGCUGAAAGUCAAAAGAGAAAAUUUGACGGCAAGUGA